AUGUCCCCCCCUACUUCCACUCCCGCGCACACACACGAGGCUCGCGCACUCUCGUCCGCACUCCGAGCCCCAACCUUCUCCCCGCCUCCGUCGGUAUCACGCGCCCUGGGCUCGAGCACAUCCACCGGGUCCUUCACCUCCCCCCCAACGCGCCGGCCCAGUUCUUCCGAGGUCUCGAAGUCCCUCCGCGCGCCCGCCACCUCUCCCACCGGCUCGUUCCGCACGCCGAGCACCGCCUCUGCCCCGGGAGCGAAGUCGCCGGGAGGCCUUUCGACAAAAGGCAUCAAGGCGGCCCUCUACUCGUCAACAACCGGGGGAAGACCGGACGAGCGGAAGGGCGGAAAAGCGACGAGCGACGAGCGGAAGAGAGGCUUCUGCGAAGAGCGUAAGGCCGGAAGCGAAACGGGGAAGGGCCUGGCGAUCGGACCGCAGGCGAAGGAGAAGAAGGCGGGGGAAGAGACGCGGGACACCUUCCGUUUGGAGCAUGGCCAGGAUUCCCGGGACUCACUAGAUCUCUACGUCGCUACUGAAGACGUCAAGUCGGUGGAAGUCUGGGGGCUGGACACGGAACUGCAGGAGCUGAAGUGGAAAAUUGAAGCCGCAAAGGAGUCGGCGGACCUAGCGGAAGCAGCGGAAGCGGAAACGAAGCUGAAGCUGCUGGCGGCAAACGAGGAUCUUCACCAGAAGGAACGGGAGCUGGCGGACAUCGAGCAGAAGGUCAUGCUCGCCAACUCUCGACGGGCAGCCUCGGAAGCACAAGGCAAGGUGCCGCUUGCGCCAGAUGCGGAAGCCAACAAGGGAAGCGGGGAAAAGACAGGGGGGAUCUCUACCGUGCAGAACAUCUUUGAGAAGCUUGCGGUCGAAGGGCAGGAAGCAGGGGGUGAAGGAGCUGCGCGCGCUGAGACAGCAGUUGCAAAGAUCGGGCAGGCAAAGGAGGGCCUGAGUCAGGUGGGGUAUGAGACGGCGGACAUCCGGAAGGGACUGCGAAACGGCAAAGUGAUGCUCGCGGUCGCGGAAGGGGACGAUCACACAAUGAUGGAGGUUCAGAGGGUCGUGGAGAACGAGGUGGAGGAGAAAAACAAAAAGCUUAAGGAUGCGAAGAUGGACCUCGCGCGCGCCAUAGGACGAGAGUGGGCCGGAAGGGGGGAACUGAAGUCGCCCGUUUCUCCAACGAAGAAGCCGGAGGACGUCGCGGCCGCGCUGCUCAGAGCCACCCGCCGCGAAGCAAGCACGUUGCGGGUGACGGUCGCGAGCCUGCUGGAAGAGAUCGAGACCCUCAAGCAGGAGAGCGAGAAGGAGAAGGAACGGCACGACUUGGAUAGAGAGACGUGGGCCGAGGAAAGCCGGCUUAGGCGCCUGCAGUUGCAGACGAAGCUCGACGCCGCACUUCAGGACGUAGAGAAUCUCAAAGAGACUGUGAAGCAACAGCAGCUGACCAUUCAGUCACUCGAGGCCGAGGUCGUGAAGCUGGCUACCCCAAUGGAUAAGGAGGCGUCGGGAAGUGAUUUGCCGCUAACUUUCGCGCCGUAG